CACUUCAGCGCAUAGUAAUAUGAGCGACGCGACUUGAAUGACGAUUUGCGACUCGUGAUAAGUGUAUUUAUGUAAAUAUUACAUCAAGCCACUUACAAUUCACAUUAUCGUUUCAUUAUUCAAGUUUUUAUCAACGCGGGUGAAACCAUACGACGAAAAUUGUUUUCGUGACACUUAAUCGCUUAGAUAACAGUGUAUUUAUCGUCAGUCAGUUGUCGAAAGCAAACUCGACGGACGCUCGUGUUGUAAAUGAACUUAUAAAAUGUUAAAACUAGUCAGAGUAAUACGGCGAUUAAAUGCCCAAUGCCGGCAGUACAACUACGCGACGGUGAUCGGAAGCGAGCCGAACAAAAAUGACCCUUACUACCAAGAGAACAAGGCGAAAAUGGACGAACUCGUCGAGGAACUUUGCCAGAAAACGAGCGACGCUAUCAAAGGUGGGCCCGAGGAGGCGGUAAAGAGGCACACGGCAAGAGGAAAAUUGCUCGUCAGAAACAGGAUUAACCGGUUAGUGGACGAAGGAAGCGACGUUUUGGAAUUGAGCACGUUAGCCGCUACCGACAUGUACAAAGGUCAGGUUCCGUGCGCCGGCAUAGUUACAGCUAUCGGCAAAGUUCAAGGUCAGGACUGCAUGAUUGUCGCGAACGAUGCCACCGUUAAAGGAGGCACUUAUUUUCCUAUGACGGUCAAAAAGCAUUUGCGUGCGCAGGCGAUUGCUCAGGAAUGCCGGCUUCCUUGCAUUUACCUCGUUGACUCAGGAGGUGCUCAUUUACCGGACCAAGCGGAUGUUUUUCCCGACAGGGAACAUUUCGGGCGGAUAUUUUACAACCAAGCGAACAUGUCAGCGGAAGGUAUCCCGCAAAUAUCUGUAGUGAUGGGGUCGUGUACCGCCGGAGGUGCUUAUAUCCCUAGUAUGUCAGAUGAAAGUAUUAUAAUAAAGAAUCAAGGUACAAUAUUUCUUGCUGGUCCACCGUUAGUGAAAGCAGCGACAGGAGAGAGUGUGUCGGCUGAGGAUUUAGGAGGUGCUGACUUACAUUGCAGACAAUCUGGAGUGACUGAUCACUAUGCCCAAGAUGACGAACAUGCUUUACACUUGGCAAGAAAUGUGGUCGCUAACCUUAACUGGAACAAUGAUCAGCGAGCCAGAAACUAUCCUCCUAAGGUUGACGAACCUGUUCAUGACAUCGAGGAGUUGCAUGGGAUUGUCGGUGCAAAUAUACAAAGACCUUUCGACAUACGAGAAGUGGUUGCAAGAAUUGUAGACGGUAGUAGGUUUCAUGAAUUUAAACAGUUUUAUGGCGACACAUUGGUGUGUGGAUUUGCAUCGGUAUAUGGUCACCCUGUAGGCGUUAUAGGCAAUAAUGGUGUUUUGCAAUCAGAGGCUGCUUUAAAAGGUUCGCAUUUCAUUCAGCUUUGUGCUGCUCGUAAAAUACCGCUUCUGUUCCUUCAGAAUAUUACCGGUUUUAUGGUCGGCAGAGAGGCUGAGGCUGGCGGUAUUGCUAAGAAUGGUGCAAAAAUGGUUACAGCUGUGAGCUGUUUUAAAGGACCAAAGAUAACUGUUCUAGUAGGUGGUAGUUUUGGAGCUGGCAAUUACGGUAUGUGUGGAAGAGCUUAUUCUCCAAGUUUUCUUUACAUGUGGCCUAAUGCCAGAAUAUCAGUGAUGGGUGGACCGCAAGCUGCGACCGUUUUAUCACUAGUUGCGAAAGAGAAAGCUUUAAGAGAUAAGAAGCCUUGGAGUGAUGAAGACGAGAAAAAGGUUAGAGGACCGUUAGAAGCACAAUUUGAGAAAGAAGGUCGACCAUAUUUUAGUACUGCCCGAUUAUGGGACGAUGGCAUAGUGGCUCCUAAAGAUACAAGAAAAGUGAUAGGUCUCAGUUUAUCCACUGCUUUGAAUCGUCCAUUCAGAGACAGUAAAUUCGGUGUGUUCAGAAUGUGAGAUAAACGUUGAUGACAAUUAUGUGUGUUUAAGAUAAAGUGUGGUGUGGCGAUAACGGUUUUAACUGAACUUGAUAAUUAUAAUGGACUUGAAAAACAUGUGAUUUGUGUUUGAUUGUAUUAUCAGUGAAUUAUAUUUAGUUGUUACACAAUCUGUUUGAUUUAUACUUCUUAUUUCAAAUUUGAAUAUAUUUAUUAACUCUUAA